ACGCAUGCGCAGUUUGUAGUUUCGAACCGUCGCAUGUGGAUGUUUUUAGCCGUCCACACGUGUUUUUACCGGCUAGGACAUCCCGUACCAGCCUGUGAUUGUGUGCCGUUAUAACACAAAAUAUGGCGAAGACAGACGCUACAAGACGUAGCAAAAGGCAAAGCAAAGUUGUCACCAAUGAAGUUGUAGAAGGAGAGGACAGUGUUAAAACUGAAGAACAAAUAGUGGGAAAAGACGAGGGUUCUCCCACUGAGAUGAAACCGGAAGAGAACCAGGAUGAACAAGAUUCUCCGAUGGAUGCUGUCAUUGAAGUAAAGGGAACAAAGUCUACUGUAACUGUAUCAUGGGACAAGAAGAAUGAGGAAGGAGAGGUGGAUGAUACAGAAAAGAGAACCGAUGAGAGUGGUCAGAUGAUGGAUACUGGCCACAUCUUCACAAAAAGAAUUUUAACCAUCCAUUGUUUAGGCAGAAUUACAACACAUGCCUUUAGAGAAGAACAGACUCAGAUCAUCUCUUCAGCUGAUGCAGUCGGUUCCACAGAGGACAAUCCCGGUAAAGAGACAAAGAUGGAGAAAGAGGUGCAGGAAUCUGGAGAAACUCAGGUGGACGUCGUUGCUGGAGAAGAUGAAAGUACACCCACAGUAACUGUCACCUGGGAGAAGACGAGUGAGGAAGGAGAGCAAACUGAUGGAGAUGAACAGAUUGUUAAAGAGACAGCAGUAAAUGGGAAACGGAAGGCACCCCCUAGUGUUGAGACCUCCCCAUCAAAGAAGACUAAGCUCAUCAAUGAUGGUUUUUGUCUUUUUGUUGGAAACCUGAACAACUCUAAAACAUUUGAAGAAGUAAAAAAUUCAUUAGCAAAUUAUUUCAUGACACAGAGUCUCCUGGUUCAAGACAUCAGAUUACAUCGGUCCAAAAAACAUGCAUUUGUAGAUUUGGCCUCACAAAUGGACUUGACAAAAGCCUUGACGUUAAACGGAGAGAUGAUACUCGAAAAGCCAAUGAAGAUCGCCAAAGCAAAGGUCAAAAGUGAGGACAUGGUCAAAGUGAAAGCUUCAGCGGAGGAGAAGAAAGCUGCCAAAGAUGCCAAAUGCUUGUUUCUGAAGAACGUCCCAUACAACGCAACAAAACAAGACAUUUUGAAAAUCUUCCGCAAGGCAGUCGGCGUCAGGUUUCCUGGUGGAUCUGUAGGCCCAGACAAAGGUAUUGCCUUUGUGGAGUUUAAAAAUAAAACAAUUGCUAAGAAAGUACAGCAGAAAAAACAAGUAGCCAAGAUCCAAGACCGAGUUUUAAUUGUGGACCGUGUAGGAGAAGCAAAUGCAACUGAAGUCACCAAAGCUAAUGACGACAACAACAACAACAACAACAAUGACAACAACACACAAGCUGCAGCUCCUCCGAAUAACACCUUAUUUGUGAGCAAUUUGUCUUACAAUGUGAAAGAAAAAAACCUCAAGAACGUCUUUCAGAAAGCUGUUAGUAUCAAGAUGCCUCAAAGCAAAGGCAAAUCAAAAGGAUUCGCAUUUGUUGAGUUUGCAACUGUAGAAGAUGCUGAAAAGGCUUUGAAGUCAACCCAAAACAUUAAGAUCUCCAAAAGGGAGGUCAGAGUAAAAUUCUGCGAGGUGAAAGAAAAGACUGAGAAGGCAAAAGUCCUGUCAAAAACACUGAUUGUGGUGGGCCUCGCUGAGAAGACGACUGCAGAAACUCUUAAAAGUGCUUUUGAAGGGGCACUCAGUGCAAGAGUCAUUGCAGAUAAAGAGACAGGAGUUUCAAGAAGGUUUGGGUUUGUGGACUUUGAGAGUGAUGAAAACUGCAAAGCUGUAAAAGAAGCCAUGGAGGACUGUGAAAUAGACGGCAGCAAAGUGACAGUGGCUUAUGCAAAAGCCAAGGCUGAACAAGGCGCCCCGGCUGCCAGAGGACGCUUGACGGGGCAUCGUGGCGGAAAGCUUGCAGGUAAAGGACGUGGUGCUGGAAGGCUGCAGGCUGCUGUUAAAGGAGCGGGAAAUAAAAAGUAACUCUCCUGGGGAAAAUUAUCAUACAAAGAUUUCUUCUUUUUUUUUUUUUUUAAACUUUGAGUUUGGUUGAAUGUACCGACUGCAAAGGUGUGAAAUUUGUACAAUAUUGUUACAUUUACUGUAACAUCUUGUAAUUUCAGCUGUUAUAUUUUGUACUUUAACUGUAAUGAAAACAUUAACUAAUGUUAAUUAAUGGACUUAUUUCACCUUUUUAUGUAGUAUUUUUCUUACACGAAAAGUUAAGAUUUCAUCCAUGUAUCAUUUUCUAAUGUGAAGAUAAAACUAUUUAAAAACCAAA